AUGGCUGGCAUUCUCCAGCCCAAAUCCCAGACGACGGUCUUUCUAGACCAGCCGCCCAGCUGUCUUGAAUUCUGCCCAGAGAUCCGUGACCACUUUGUGGUGGGCACUUAUCUCCUUUCUGAGACAAAGAAUGAAAGUGGAGAAAUUCAGCAGACCAAGACUGGAAGCCUGCAACUAUGGAAAUUAGACCCGAACACCAAUGUACUAUCCUUGAAACAUAGACUAGCACUCCCCUACGCGGUCUUCGAUCUCCACUUUCACCCAAGGGAGAAAAACAAGUUUGCCAUCGUGGGCAGCACUGGCCUCGCAGCCCUGUUCAGCGUCUCUGAUGAUUCAACACAACCAACCAUAAAUCAUAUCUGGUCUAAACAGAUCCACGAAGAUACCUCCAUCCCGGCUCUCUUCUUCGUAUGGGCCCCACAGGAUUGGUUCCCCCAGCCGGCAUCUGACGGCUUCGCCGUUACCUUCUCUGACAGUCAGACAACCGUCUUUGGCACGAAUGAAAACAUCUCAGAUGAAAAUGAGAUUGAAGAAUGGGGCUCGUAUCAAGCUCAGCAAAUGAUCGAGGUUUGGUUUGUUGCGCUGGCCGCAAUCAAACAGGGUCCUGUGAAUGCAGAGGAACACACUGACGGGGUUAUUCCUUUCAUGUUUACAGGAAAUGACUUUGGGUCGCUCCAUACCCGCCGCUUCCAGAAUAACAAUGGUGGGUCGGACGAUGAUGAUGAGCCACUGGCACCACUCCUGCUUGAGCAUGACGACCGGGCUCGUCACCACACGGCUGGUGUAACAGCAAUCCUUCCUCUUGAGGUCGACAUGGUAGACGAAGCACCUAUUUUGUUGACAGGGAGCUACGACGAAAGUCUGCGGGUAUACCACGCGUCCCGGCGAGGUGAGGUACUUGCCGAGCAGGGCUUAGGUGGCGGCGUAUGGCGGUUACAAUUACUAUCAUCAACUGAAGUUCCUGGCCCCGAGGAUAGCCUAGAGCGCCAGUUCGUUGUCCUUGCGAGCUGUAUGCACGCUGGGACAAGAGUGGUGCAAAUUACUCAACAGAAGCAAGGGCAAGGUCCAGCGGAAUGGGAUAUUCAGGUUCUGGCGGAGUUUACAGAGCAUGAAAGUAUGAAUUACGCAAGUGAUGUGUGGAAGGGCGCGAAGUCGGAACAAUCGGACACAUCACAAGCAUUGUCCGAGCUGCUUUGUGUGUCGAGUAGUUUCUAUGAUCGUCGGCUUUGCGUCUGGCGAGUCACCGUAUAG